AUGGUGCGGUGGAAGCAGAAUCUGAGGGAGAAGUGUCCGCAGUGUGGUGAAGUCUACGACAAAGCAGCCGAGCAUGUUCGAAGAUGCACUGCCGGCAUGUGCGAGGGGUGCGAUCGGUUGUUCAAGAUCGAUGAGCUGGAUGCUCACCAAGCCAAAUGCCAGUACUUCACCGUGUGCCCCGGCUGCGACGUACGAAUGCUGAAGCGCAACUGGCGCGAACACCAGGAGGAAUGCCCCGGCUAUCGCAGAUGCUUGGGCUGCCACAAGGCAGUUCUGAAAAGAGACCUGCAGAAUCACUACAAGGAGUGCCAGCAGGUCUGCAUCCUGGACGAUCCAGAGGGAAAGGCGGUCCCCAUGGAUCAAGCUCUCAAAUGCCCCUGUUGCAACAAGAGGGUCUUCUUCAAAGACUUGCAGACGCACCAAAAGGAGCGCUGUCCCGAGACGGUCUUCUGCAGAGACUGCAACAUGCCCUACAAGAAGGGCGCUGACGCUGAGCAUCGCAGCGGAUGCAGGAAAAGGCACCGAUGCAUCUGCGGCCAAUUCAUCCUCAACUCGGACAAGAAGGAGCACCAGAAGAGAUGCCCGGAGUAUGAGAAGUGCCACACCUGCGGGGAGUUCAUCCUGCGCUCCCAGACGUUAUCCCAUGCCAGCCGGUGCAGCCAGACCAGGUACUGCAACAACUGCUGCAAGGCGGUUCUGGUCCGUGACUGGCAGGCGCACCAGGCGGCCUGCAAGAAGAGGAAGGACAUAGCCGAGACUCCGAAGAAGAGCUCCAAGCGGACUGGGAGUCCUUCGAACACCCCGCCAUCCAGCAAAAAGCAGAGGAAGGAGGAGAAGAGGCAGAAGAAGGAGGAGAAGAGGCUGAAGAAAGCCGAAAAAGCAGGAAGAGAGGUGGCAGCGAAGCCAUCCCCCAAGCCAGCCCCACGGCCCUCCCAGCCCUCCCAGCCUUCCCAGCCCUCCCAGCCUUCCUCCCUGUCUGCCCGUCCUGCCCCACAGCCCGCGCUGAGACCGCUUCCUCCCUUGACCGCUGCUGUUCGGAUCAACGGGCAGCCGCCGCCGCCAAGGAUGCAGCCGCCAAGGUUCAGGCCUCAGAGUCGCCGCCGGCACGAAGAUGAGGCUCAGGAGGAGCUGGGAUCUGAAACCGUGUACUUGGAGCCCGCCCACCAAG